AUGCACUGGCCUGAAUUACAUGCUCUCUUUGGAGCAAAGACCGGUAACGCUACCAGUCAGAUCAGACGACAAAAUGUGAUCAACAAUCCCCAUGUUGUAGAUUGGUUUUUCACACAAAGAUUAGAAAGCUUUGUGAAACACUGGCUUUAUGAUACACUUGGUGCAAAAUGGCACUGGUUUCGAUAUGAAUAUCAAGGUAGAGGUAGUAUUCAUUGCCAUGGUACUGCUAAACUAAAUAAUGACCCAGGUUUGUGUCAACUUACUCAGACUGCUCUAAAAGGAUUCUUAGCUCAAAAAUUUAAAGAUGAAAAUGAUUGUUCUGACACAACUGAGCUAGACCAUGAUAUUGAAGAUGGUCAGAAAGCAGCUGACACAGUAUGUCAGUAUGUUGAUUGGUUACUAUCAACCGUCAAUCCUAAUCCACCAGAUGAGGACAUGUGGAUAAGACCUGAGGUUCAUCCAUGUCAAAGAAAUCAUCAUGACAUUCCUGAGCAUGAAAAACAAUCAGAUUAUGUAGAUCUAUUAAACAUGGUUCAACGACACACUCGUUGUAGUACAAGUUAUUGUCUUAGAAGGAAGUCAAAUGAAACAGAGUUGAAAUGUAGAUUUCAUUUCCCUUUUGAUAUUUGUCCUAAGACAAAAUUAGAAUUUGAAAAAAUUCACACUUCAGGUGAUAAUGAGCAUUAUCGAGCUAAAAUUGUGACUAAACGAAAUGACUCUAGAUUAAAUAACCAUCAACAACUUCAGCUCCAAGGAUGGAGAGCUAACUGUGAUAUCCAAGUUGUUAUUGAUCACUAUGCUUGUGUUGAAUAUCUCACAAAAUAUGCAGCUAAAGGUGAGCCAAGAUCACCUAUAUUGAAACAAGCAUUCAAUUCUAUUGUCCAAAAUGUUGACAGUAAUACUAACCCUCAUAGAGUUAUUAAGAAGAUAGUUAUGAAAUCUCUUGGUGAAAGAGAUUAUGCAGCUCAAGAAACCAUGCAUCAUUUGUUGUCUUUAAAACUCCACAGCUCAUCCUUUAAAGUGAUGCCAGUUAGUCUAAAUGGUUCACGUAGAGUGCGUGAUAGUGUAAGUAUUGACGAGGGUGAAUCGUGCACCGAUUAUUCACUUCUUGAUGUGUACGCUAAUCGUGAACAAUAUGACAGUUCUCAAAAUAUAAUAAAUAUGAACUUUGUUCAAUUUGCUACAACAUACAGAGUUGCUAACAAUGAACUGACAAAAUUGCCAGAGAAUAUUAUACCACGAAUAUUUCCAACAUAUUCUCCUAAUCCCAAAGGUCCAAAUUUUAGCCUAUAUUGUAAAUAUCAACUUUUGAGAUAUAAACCAUGGAGAACAACCCAAAAUAAUGCAUGGGGUGACCAAGAACCAACUGACGAGGUUCUGAUCAAUUGUUGGCAUGACUUUUUACAAACACCUUAUGGGCAGUCUAAUGUCCCUGACUGGUUUGAUAAAUUACAACGUGUCAUUCAAAGUCAAGAACCAGAAGAUGAACCUUCUGAAGAACAGGAGACAACUCGAGAAGAGUGGAUGAUAUUAUCAGACCUCAACACUCCUUUUGAAAACUCUGAACAAACACCAGAAUCCACAUAUGACUGGCAUCUCGACAGAGCCAAUUAUUCAGAACAACAAAUCCAAGAAAUGCCGACAUGGAUAAAAACAAACAAAGAGGAAUACACUAUUGAUGAGCAAUAUGAUGUUGUUGACAUCAACAGUUUUAGUGAAAUGCAAAAACUUGCUUAUGACAUUGUUAAGUCUCAUUUUGAUGAUACAUCAUCCGAGAAAGAACCACUAUGUCUCAUUAUAAAUGGCGUUGCAGGAACUGGUAAAAGUUACCUUAUUAAUGCCAUUAGAAAUCUUUUGCAAAGUAAAUGUGCUGUUGCUGCUACCACAGGUAAAGCAGCUUAUAACAUUAGAGGUGUAACUGUGCAUUCUCUGUUAAAGUUACCUAUAGGAUCAAGAGGUAAUAAAGACCUAACAGGACGAAGCUUGUGUAGGUUACAAGAGAGUGUUAAUAACAUUGGAUACAUCAUUAUUGAUGAAUACUCCAUGCUUGGCCAAGUUACUUUUGGUUGGAUAGACAAGCGUUGCAAACAAGCGAGUGGUUCUAAUGACAAAGUAUUUGGAGGAAAAUCAUUGAUUUUAACUGGUGAUCCAGGUCAAUUGCCACCAGUAGCAGAUAAACCUCUUUACCAUGCUAAACCAUCAAACGCUGUUGGUGAACAAGGUUAUCAAGCAUAUCAUAUGUUUCACAAAGUUGUUAAACUCACUGUAAAUCAACGUGUGCAAGGUAUGACAUCUGAGCAAGUACAGUUCAGAGAUUUGUUAUUACGACUUCGCAAAGGUGACUCAACAGUUGAUGACUGGAAGUUACUUCUGACACGUCAACCAUCAAAUGUCACUAAUUUAUGUGACUUUGAAGAUUCUACUAGACUCUUUUAUAGUAAUGAACAAGUUGGCAAUUACAACCAUGAGCAGCUAACAAAACUUGAGCAUCCAGUUGCUCAUAUUAAUGCUCGCCAUUCAUCAGCAUUGGCCAAAAAGAUAUCCUCAGAUGAUAUGUCUGGGUUAGAACCUGUUGUGUUUCUGGCAAAGGGUGCUAGGGUCAUGUUAACCAUGAAUUUGUGGUCAAGUGUUGGCCUCUGCAAUGGGGCUACUGGAACAGUUGUUGACAUUAUCUAUCAGAACAACCAUCAACCACCUGACCUACCUAUUGCAGUAAUAGUACAAUUUGAAAACUAUAGAGGACCUGUAUUUAUUGAAAACCAACCAUGGUGUAUCCCAAUAUGUCCAAUCACUGUCACAUCACAGACAGAAAUAGGUUUCCAUGAGAGGCAACAGUUACCUCUUAGGCUUGCUUGGGCUCUAACAAUACACAAGAGCCAAGGACUUACACUUCCAAAAGCAUGGAUAGAUAUUGGCAAAUCUGAAAGAACUGCUGGAGUUUCUUAUGUUGCUAUUAGCAGAGUAAAAUCACUUGCAUCUUGUGUCAUUGAACCAAUGACAUAUGAACGGUUAACAAGGUUGAAAUCAUCAGCUAAUCUACAAUAUAGACUUGAAGAAGAAAACAGGCUAGAUCAAUUAGCACAUACUACAAACAGCUGUGCAUAUAGAUAA